UUCGGCAGUUUGUUACGUGCUCUGAACCAGUUUCGAAACAAAUGAUUCUGAAAAGUUUCGAAGCUUCACACAGCAGUGCCUCGAGAGCAGCCAGCACUAGAAGUCCAUCGAGCGGAAAGAGCCAGAGGUCACGUGACCUGUGUUACCUGUGGACUCAGGUGUGCCGAGAACAGAGCCGAAACCCUCACCACAAACACACCUGAUCUUCACUGAAACACUGCGAGUCCAGACACACCUUCAGGAGUCGCUUUCUUUCUGACCUGUUCGAGAUCAUGGAUUGGGGUUCAGAUCUUUGGGACCAGCAGGAGGUGAUCGAGAGACACACUCUGAGUGGACUGGAGCUGCUGGAGAGAUAUGUGAAGUUUGUCAGAGAGAGAGCUGAGAUCGAGCAGAACUACUCCAAACAGCUCAGGACUCUGUCUAAGAAAUAUUCCAGACGAGGCGUCAGAGAAGAUCAGGACACAAAGCCGAGCAACCAGCAGUCGUUUCAGGAGGUCCUGAAUCAGCUGAAUGAUUACGCGGCUCAGAGAGAGCAGCUCUCCGAGAACAUGACGCUGAACAUCUGUGUGGAGCUCAGCAGACACCUGCAGGAGAUGAGACAGGAGCGCAAGAACCAUCUCUGUGAGGUCAAGAGGGCUCAGCAGAACCUGGAGAGCAGCUUCAAACUGCUGGAGAUUAGUAAGAAGCGCUUUGAGAAGGAGUGGAGAGAAGCAGAGAAGGCCAAUCAGCAGACGGAGAGAGUCCAGCAGGAGGUCAGCUCCACCAAAGCAGAUGUGGAGAAGGCCAAACAGAGCGCUCACCUCCGCAUGCACGUAGCUGACGAGUGUAAGAACGAGUACGCUUCACAGCUGCAGAGAUACAACCAGGAACAGAACAGCUUCUACCACUCAGAGAUCCCGUCUGCGUACAAGAAGCUGCAGGAGAUGGAGGAGCGGCGCAUCAGACUGUUAGCUGACGGCUACGUGCAGCUCUCUGAAUCAGAGAAGAACCUCCUGCCCAACAUCAACCAGUGUCUGGACGCCAUCAUCUCCACCGGGAGGAACAUCAGUGAGACACAGGAGACUCUGGCUCUCAUCGAACAGUACAGAUCAGGUGCAGUGCCUCCUGCUGACGUGGAGUUUGAGGAUUACAGUCAGGGAGUCAAAGCUGCUGCAUCUGACAACACAACCACACACCUGCCCAAAGUGCGCAUCAAACAGCUGUUCCACAAGAAAAACAAGAUGAUGUUUCCUGAUAAAAACACGCCGUCUUCACUGGAGGACCUCUCUCGUCUCCCUCUGGAUCAGAGGAGGAGACGUCUGCAGGAGAAGAUCGAUGACAUCCAGAAGGAGCUGCAGAGAGAGACGGAGCAGAGCGAUGCUCUGAUGAAGAUGAAGGAUGUUUAUGAGCAGAACUCUCAGCUUGGAGAUCCAUCCAGCCUUCAGCCUCAGAUCGCAGAAACGGCUCAUAACAUCACCAGACUGAGAGGAGAGCUCAAUAAAUACCAGGGUCAGCUCUCUGAAGCCGGCGGUGGGACGCUGCAGCACGAUGCCUCCAGUUCAGAGUACAUCACCGUUCUGAGCGAUCCCAUCGGGUCUCCAUCAGAGAACAUCUAUGAAUGUGAAUUUGAUGAGGACUUUGACAUCGAAGUUCCCAUCGGUCAGUGCACAGCGCUCUAUGACUUUGACGGCGGCAGCGAGGGCGCUGUGUCCAUGCGUGCGGGCGAGCAGCUGAGUCUGAUGCUGGAGGAUCAGGGCGACGGCUGGGUCAGAGUUCAGAGAGCCAGUGGAGACGUGGGAUACGUGCCAGCGUCCUACAUCCAGAUCAUCUGAUCACACCUGCACAUCAGAGACUGUGCUCAUGUGACUCCAUCAACUCAACAUUCGGUUUUUAUGUCACUGGGAAAUAUUUUAUGUCUUUUUCUCUCUUUUCUGUCAGCAUGCACUGUGCUGCUUCUGGUGAUUUUCUGCAGAUCUGUAGUUUUAAAACCGAUCUUCGUUGUGAUAGUUAAUUACAUCACGUAGAAGCCUUUCUAUCUCGUUGUUAUGUCAUGAUGUAUAAUUACUUCAAGUGUGUCCACGUCUGUGCUGAUUGAGUAUUUACUUCAAAUAUCCGUUCAACCCAAAAGCGAUGAUUAUAAUGAUAUCUAUAUUAGUGUCUACACUUACUGAUGAUAUCAUUAUAUUUAUAAUAAGUGCUUGAGCAACCGUUCAGAAAGAAGAACUGUCAAGGUCACAAUUUUCAUUAAUAUAUUACAUUUCAAUAUGAACGCCCAGGACUCUUGGACAAUAUAACUUUUAUUGCUGUGAUAUGAUGUGGGUGUUAUUCUGUGUCAUACUGAUGAGCGCGAACGGGACAUUUCUUUACAUUUCUCCAUUUCUGGUCUAAAGCUGAAGUGUUGUGAUGCAGUCUGCUGCUUUUACUGCUCCAGGUCUUUAUUCAAGAUGGAUUGGGUUCGGCUGGCAGUGUUUUUAGCAUUUAUCAGCUGGAGAAAAGCUUUCUAGAAGUGAUUCUGAUAUCGCUCCUCAGUGUAGUCGUGUGGACCUCAUCGUUCUCAUUGAAUUAUGAUUAUGUUGGUGUUAAUGGGCCUGAAGGUAUUUAGAGUUUGGAUUUUAAUUCAGACUGAAGAAUGCUGAAACACUGCUGUUCUCCUGUGUUUCUGGUUGUGUUGUGAGUGUACAGGCUUCAGAUCAGAUGUGUCAAACGAAUUUCACUUGAUUUACUUUUGUAGUUUUUCCAGUGCUGCCUCUGUGUGUGAUUUAAUUGGUGCACAU